AGUUCAUGUUGUCACCAGAGGAACAGCGACCGUCUCGAUCCUCGCGUAACUGGGACUACACGCGUGGUGCUGAAUCCCCUCUCCCUCCCCCCUCCUCCACCCCCUCCUCCUCCUCACAUCGUCCCCAGCAACAACGCUCUCUAGCCAGGAGUGUCCACGGCGACGAAUCAGAAGACAGCGAUCACGAAGCAUCGUUUCAUCGAAAUCCCUCGGGAGCCUCGAAAAAGAGCAAAGAAAGAAAACACCACCAGUCAACGCCCGACAUGCAGGAGAAGGUGUCCAGACUGGAGAAAGAAAACGAGGGGCUGAGAAAAGAAUUGAGAGCUGCUCAAAACAGCGACUUCCAGUACACCAGUUUGCUAAGAGACAACGAAAGACUGAGACAAGAACUGAAGAAGAAGGACAGAGCAUCAGAGCACGACAUUGACAGCAGAAUACUCGAGAGGCAAAUUGAAGAAAUGAGAAGAACAAUCUCAGAGCUGGAGAUAGAUCUCAGCAGAAACAGGGAGACAGUAAUGGACCUGAGGACCUACAAGAAAGAGUGCAGACAUCUCAGAGCAAAGCAUGAAAGUCAGCAGAGGGAAAACUGGCAGCUCAUGAGUGAAGUCGAUAAACUGAGAUUCCGAGUCAUCGAGCUGGAGAGGGGGGCUCUAAUUGGAGGUCGUCGUCCCGGCAACAGCACUACCGACGACAGACCCAGUGAACUUGGUUUCCAGCGGUCUGCCCUGAGGAGCACUUACCAUGGCAGUGGGAAGGGAGAAGCGAGGGAGUCCCGGUCUCGGAAGAGCAACAGAGGAGGACUGGAGAUCGUGAAGACCUCCAGUGCCCAGGUCCUCGACACCCACGACGAACCACAGAAAGAAGACUGCGCCUAUCCCAAGGCCAAGACUCAUCGAUCGGGGACCUACUCGGACGUGUCGUCGGUGGGAGAAGGGUUGCCGUUGGUUACCACGACACCUGACGAGCAGUCCCAGGUCUUCAUGGUGAUGGGAGAGGAUGUCAGCAAGAGUGUGCUCCCCGACAAUCUGGCAAACGAAACAGAGCUGGCCCUCAUCUACGCACUCCAGAACUGCCACAGUAUACAAGAGAUCAUCAAAUGCCUCGUAUCGUACGGCGUCGGAACGCCAGGAGAAAGCGCGCAAGAAUUCCGGGUUCGCGCCGAGCACCUGGAGAGCCAGAUAAAGCACCUGAAAGCAAAGAACACGAUGCUGGCAAACUCGUUCGAGAACGCCAAAAGCAAUAUGGAGAGCAUGUACAGUCAUGCGCAGAAGGUCGAGGCAAACAACACACGGCUACUUCACGCACUCAAGCACUGCUACCAAGCCUGCGAAAUCUACGAAGUCCUCCUUGAGCUGCGCGUCAUGGAUCGCCGUAACCCACAGUUUUUCCCCUCCUUCAAUUCCUGCAGUCUCGAAUCGUCCACUCGGAGCCCCGAUCGGGAGCACCACUCAUCCACAUCAGCCUCGUCCUCCGGUCGCUCACACGCCAUCCUCCGUGCGCGAAACCUCCUCCAUUCCCUCGACUCUGACGCACAGCUCCAGAGCUACCUCCCCGUGAAACAACGCCCGCCAAACGGAACCAAUUUGACGACGGCUAUCUGGGGCGGCUCUCAGAACACUGGCACCACCAGUGGCCUCAGUUCCAUGAGCGGAGGACUAGAGGGAGACAUCACCCCAGACGAAAUCGAUCGACUCAGGCUCUACAUCCAGGCGCUCAUCCGCCGCAAGAAGCACUACACGGACACUUUGCAGAGCGUGGACGGUCUCCACGGGCUGGAGGUGGUCAAGAACUGGGAGCUGGUGAAGGACUGUCUUCCUCCGGGACACGGUGGGCAGAUAAUGGACCUGGAGGACGCCGCAAACCAAGAGGAGCUGUGUAAAGUCCGGGAAGAAAAGGCAGAGUUGAGGUCUCAGAUAUACAUGAUGGAUCAAGAAAAGCGGAGAAUGGAACUCGAAGUCUCCAGAAUGUUACUCAACAAGCAGAAAAACGACAAAAUCAUUGCAGAGCUCACGUUCCAACUGGAGAGGAGGAAGAGAAAGAGAGAAAAGAAGAUGGCAAGAAGAGAGUUGCAGGCUCAGUCCCACGAGCCUCUGUGGGCCCAGCUGCAAGCCAGCAUGGACAGAGAGAGAGAGCUGCUGAGAAGAUACGAAGACCUCUUCCAGUUUCUCAACUACCACGCCAAAGAGUCACAUAGUGUGAGUGAAGAUCUGAUGGGGUUUGUGAAGGACCUGUGGCGACAAAACAGCUCUCUCGUGGAUGCCUUCGAGAAGUCCAAGAAACGACAGCUGACGGAAAAGAAAAGAAUGAAGCAAGAGCUCACAUUCUAUGACACAAUGUCAGACAAGAAACAACACCGGAAGUUGGGGUUCGCUGAGAACUUUGGUCUCAGUGGUGUGGCAGCCAUCAUCUCCAAGACUGCGGCAGCCCCCAUCGAGAGAGUGAAGCUCCUCGUUCAGAACCAGGACGAGAUGUUGAAACAAGGUCGCAUCACGGAGCCUUACAAGGGAGUCAUUGACUGUACCCUCAGAACCUACAGGACCGAAGGGAUCCUGCCAUUCUGGAGAGGAAACUUGGCCAACUGCAUCCGGUAUUUCCCCACACAGGCCCUCAACUUUGCCUUCAAGGACAAGAUCAAGAUCAUCUUCAAGUCCAGCAAAAGUGACUCGUACGUCGUCUCCUUCAGCAAGAACAUUGCGGCAGGUGGAGCUGCGGGUGCCCUCUCUCUCUGCUUCGUGUAUUCGCUCGACUACGCCCGUACUCGUCUCGCCAACGACGCCAAGGCCGCGGGGAAGGGUGGCGGCGAGCGGCAGUUCAACGGACUCGUCGACGUCUACUCCAAAACGUUAAAAUCGGACGGAUUCGUGGGACUCUACCGAGGCUUCCUCAUUUCCUGCGUCGGGAUCGUUGUGUACCGAGGCUGCUACUUUGGGUUCUAUGACAGUCUGAAGCCAAUACUGCUCGGUGAGAAUGCCGGUGUCGCAUCAUCGUUCCUUCUGGGCUACAUUGUUACCAUCACUUCCGGCCUUAUCUCCUAUCCCAUUGAUACCAUCCGUCGACGCAUGAUGAUGACUUCUGGCCAAGCCGUCAAAUACAAGGGCUCGAUGGACUGCUUCCUACAGAUUGUCCGUCAGGAGGGUGCCAUGUCGCUAAUGAAAGGGGCCGGGGCCAAUAUCCUCAGGGGUAUCGCCGGUGCCGGAGUGCUGGCCGGGUUCGACAAGUUCAAGGAGCUGUACAUCUUGUGGCGUAUCGGCUGAGAAGUGGGCCGCUGACUCUAUUUAAUGCUCCCUCUCUAUCUGAGAUGUAUUGUGAUAGAGUUAUGUAGACUGUACUACUACCUGCCAUUUAGUGGCAAGCAACGCACGUGUGUUACUCCUUGUAUUAUACCGAGUUGGAAGUUUGGGAUAAUUAUUAACACGGACCUUCGCUACAAUAAUGCUAACGUCAUAA